ACAAAGCGCCCGACCGCCUGACGCAUAUAGAGCGCGGAGAUCCGGAGCAGCAGUCCACAAACCGGGGAUGACAGCACGGCAGAGGAUCUACUUUCCAUCAACUCCGUCUUUGCACUGAAAGUUUUGCGCGUCGCCGAGGAAAAAGGACACCUGCCUCUAAGUUUCCACAAUAUAAAAAAGUGAUUUGCCUGCAAAAAUGCAGAGACCAGGCCAAGGGACGGCGUUUUCAAUCGAUUCCCUGAUAGGGACUCCACAUCCCAGACCGGGACACCUGCUCUACACGGGCUACCCUAUGUUCAUGCCGUACAGACCUUUGGUUCUUCCACAAGCUUUAUCCCACUCGUCUUUAACGUCCGGUAUACCUCCACUCACGCCUUUGGCUUCUUUUGCGGGACGGCUCACCAACACGUUCUGUGCCAGUUUGGGACAGGGGGUGCCGUCCAUGGUGGCGCUCACCACGACGAUGCCAAGCUUCUCGGAUCCUCCGGACAGUUUCUACCCACCGCAAGAACUCCCAGGUCCCCGUUUAAGCGCCGUGGACCCCGGAGCGAGACGGCAAGAGAGUCCGCACACCGAUGAGCUGCGCAGCCGGGACAAGGGCUCCGAGCUGCUGAACUUCUCGGAAACUUUUCAAACAAUAUCAGGUGAGACCAAACUGUACAGCUCUGACGACGAGAAGCUGGACCUCAAAUCGUCCGCGGACACCGCGUGCAGCGACCGAGAGGACAGCUCCGUGGACAGCGAGAACGAAAGUUUCUCGGACGGCAACAACUGCGGCUCGCUGUCCCAGAAGAGCAAACUAAAAGCCGGCUCGCAGGAGGCGCUGCCGACCGGCAGCUCGGCGGGGAAGAGCCGGAGGAGACGAACAGCUUUCACCAGCGAGCAGCUGCUCGAACUCGAAAAGGAGUUUCACUGUAAAAAGUACCUUUCUCUGACUGAGCGCUCGCAGAUCGCACACGCGCUCAAACUGAGCGAGGUGCAGGUGAAGAUCUGGUUUCAGAACCGCAGGGCCAAAUGGAAACGGAUCAAAGCCGGCAACGUCAACAACCGGUCGGGAGAGCCGGUGAGGAAUCCCAAAAUCGUGGUCCCCAUCCCCGUGCACGUCAACAGGUUCGCUGUGAGGAGUCAGCACCAACAAAUAGAACAAGGGAGCAGGCCAUGAACUCAGAUGAAGAUCUAAAAUAUUAUUAUUAAUAAUAAUUAAAAAAAACACUUACAAUGACUCUAUCUUCCACUGAUUCGUUGAACGCAUGAAGCACAAACAUGGAGGAUUAGAUUCUUUUUGUAUGAGAGGUGAGGCUGAGCAGAGGGUUGCUCGCAGACAGAUCAGUUAUUUGGCAAUAUGCUGUCAUUUUUUAUUUAUUGCUGUGAAUAUGUAAAUAUAAAUGGAUAAAAAUUGGUACAAAUGGGCACUAUGAGAUGAGACUGUAAAGAUUUUUUUUAAGUAUUUAUAUGUUGGGCCAAAAUGUUCAGUUGGUUAUGUGCAUGUCCUCAUUUGGUGAAGCUGAAUUUUUGUUUUGUGUUUCGUACAAUUUGUUGACCACAUUUGCAUGUAAGACGUUUUACAUUUUGUUUGGCAACUGGAGGAACCACCUUUGCCAGCCAUUUGUGGACAAAAAAAAAAA